AUGGCCUUCCCCGCAAAUCCAGUUUAUGCCAGCAAAGACUUCGUCAACUGGAGGCUCGCCAGCAACGCCGUCAACCGAGUGUCUCAAUUUCCAGUAAUUCGAAGCGGUACUCAAGGUAAUGGAGGGGGAAUGUUCGCCAACACGCUGCGCUACCACAAUGGCACCUUUUACUUGAUCUCAACCUGGGCCAGCGCAGAGCUAGGAGGUCCCAGAUUCGUCAUGUUCACCGCCACGGAUCCGUACGACGACCUUGCCUGGUCUAACGCCAUAUGGCCUCAAACACCUGGUUACACAAUUGAUCCGGACAUCUUUUUCGAUGAUGACGGCUCCGUGGUUAUUGCAUCGGCCGGAGAACCCAUUAUCGCCGCUUAUCUUGACCUGGCUACGGGAAACACAAGCGAGCCAUGGGAACUUUGGGCUGGUACUGGCGGCCAGAGCGCGGAAGGGCCACACAUUUACAAACGCGAUGGAUAUUACUACCUCUUAAUUGCGGAGGGCGGGACACAGCUGAACCAUUCUGCGACUAUGGCCCGAUCAAAGAGUCUCAAAGGACCCUGGGAAGCAGCACCUCAUAAUCCAUUAGUCUCGAACAGGGGCACCGACAAUUACUUCCAGACUGUUGGGCAUGCGGAUCUUUUCCAGGAUGCACAGGGCAAUUGGUGGGGUGUUGCAUUAUCAACACGUGGAGGUCCGACAUUGUACAAGGAGUUGGACUAUCCCAUGGGAAGAGAGACAGUUCUCUUUCCAGUCUCCUGGCGUUCUGGAGGCUGGCCGGUUGCGGACCAAGUUCAGGGUCGGGUGAGCGGUCCUUUGCCGAGUCAAUCAUUGAUAAGCCAGGGCAUCGGACCUGAGGUAGGCGAGCCGGACGUGGUAGACUUUAUGGCAGGAUCCGAAUUUCCUUCAAAUUGGGUGUCUUGGAGAGCACCGUUCGACGCAGCCUCCUUUGCAAUCUCCCCAGCAGGCCAUGAAAACACACUGCGCCUUACUGCGUCACGCGCCAACCUCACUACCGAUCUUAACUUCAACACCAGCACCGGGGGCGUGACUGCACUCUUCCGCAGACAAGAGCACACAUACUUCAACUUUAGCGUUGAUAUUCAGCUCGGCUUCGGGAAGUCCUCCGGUGACGAGAUGGGCAUCUCUAGUUUCGGCACCCCUGAUCAGCACGCCGACCUCGGCAUCGUGUACUUGGAGGACGUCUCUGAGUCUUCAGGGAAGCUCAAGCCGUACUUUCGAGUGCGAGCUCGUUCGGUGAACGCUUUUACAGCACCCGAACUGACAACAGCUCCUGUUCCCGAAGGUUGGCUUGGGGACGCAAUCCGACUGCGAAUUUCCCCGAGAAAUGAGAGUCACUAUGAGUUCUUCGCCUCCUCGGUCGGUCAAAGCGGUAAAGAGGAGGCGGUUGGGUUAUAUAGCACGGCCCUAUUAUCUGGUGAUGGUGCGGGAACCGGAGGCGUACUGGGAAUCUACGCAACUACGAACGGAGGCAGCUAUCCAUUCGAAGGUUACGUGAGCAGAUGGCGAUAUCAGCCUGUCGCUCAGCAGAUUGGCUACAACUCCACGAUCUUCGUACCAACUUGA